AUGGCCUUUCCGUCUAACUUAGAUAUCCUUAGCGCUGUCUUCAUAGUUCAGUGCUGCUGUCCGAUUUUGACGCAGUAUAACAAUUUAUUGGAUAUUUUUGGCAUAAAUACAGGACGAACUGGUACGGUGAGUGAUCGUAUACCGAUUGAUGAUAUUACCAGUCAGAGUUUUGCUCUUAUCAGUUUCAUUCAAGGUUUGCAGCAAAAUUCAAGCAAUCCAUUCAAUAAAAGAUUACAGAAACCACUACCGCACGUAACUCUUCUUGAUGGUAUUCCAUCUGUUCCUGGUGUUAUCGGCAGUUUUCCUGGGAUUGGUGGUUGUUUACUGCGUCGAACGCCACUCGUUAACCAGCGUUCACCAAGUUUAUUCCAGAAUUUCGUUCGUUUCAUACCUGGAGUGCAAGAUUACCUUUCUAAUUUGGUUAAAACGCCAAUAGUCGAUUUUAACUCUUUAAUGGGAAAGUAUUACUGGGUAAUUUCUACGGCCGGAGUGCAUGAUCGUUAUUGUCCUACUACUGAGUUUAAAAAUGUGACAGAAGUGAGAAAUACGUCAGUUUUUUCAACAAUGGAUUCCUUCCUCGUCAAUAGUCCUCAUGGCACUCCUAAAAUGGGCUUUGGUUACGGCAUCAUACACAGCAAAAAAGUUUACAUUUAUGUCCAGGAAGAUCCAUGUCCUUAUCAAAUCGUGAUAACAGGACCAAAAAAUACUGAAAGUGGACAAUACGAGUAUAUCGUAAUUACCAAUUGGACGAAAUUCCCGCUAGUUGCUAUGACUCGUGACUUGGCACAGUUCAAUGCCAACUACAGAAAUGAACUCAUACAGCGCCUUAGAAAUGAGGGAUAUAUCUACGAAUUUUCUGAAAUAAUCGGUAAUUGGAUGCAUGAAGUUGAUUGGACUGACUGCAAGCCAUUAACUCCUACUGCUUUCAUUUCAAACAUUAUAAACCGACUUAUUAUUGGAUUGUGA